AUGGCGACCGCCCUUUUUGUAAUCGACAUCCAAAAUGACCUGGCGACUGACCCGGCGACCCAAAUACCUCACGCUGAGCGAGUCAAGGUGGCUGGGCACCAGAUUCUCUCUACGGCCCGUACCGUGCUUGGAGCCCAGAAUGAAGGAACUCUCAAGCCGGGGAUGAUUGUCUUCGUACAGCACGAAGAGGAACCGGAGAGUGGCCCUCUAGUACGAGGCACCGAGCCGUGGAAACUGGUUUUUGAGCCGCGUGCAGAUGUGCAAGAGGAAUGGCUGGUCUCCAAAUGGACACGCCCAGGUGACACGUUCGAAUCCAACCCUGAUCUCGGUUCUAAACUCAGGGCGGCUGGGGUGCAGCAUAUCAUCGCCUUUGGGAUCCAGAGCGAGUGCUGCGUGGAGUCGACCUGCAGUGGUGCGCUCGCCGCAGGAUUCGAGGUCACUCUGCUCUCAGGGGCGCACUCCACGUACAACUCUGAAGACAAGACGGCCGAGAAGAUUGAAAGGGGCGUGGAAGAGCGGCUCCUGGGAAAGGGGGCUAAGAUUGUACCAUGGGAAGAAGUUGUUGGUCUGUGGAAGUAA